AUGGAGGACUUCCGUCUACGACACACUCACAAUGAUUACACUAUCGGAUGGGUUUGUGCGUUACCAAACGAACAGACCGCUGCGAUUCUCAUGCUUGAUGACAGGCAUGAGGACCUCCCCAACCCAACAGGUGACCACAAUACAUAUAUGCUCGGAAGCAUUGGUAAACACAAUGUUGUUAUUGCUGGUCUGCCCUUAGGUAGGGUUGGCAAUAACACUGCGGCAACAGUUGCAACUAGAAUGGUGUCCAGCUUUCCAAAUAUCCGAGUCGGGUUAAUGGUAGGGGUAGGCGGAGGUAUCCCUCACAAAACUCGGCUUGGAGAUGUGGUUAUUAGCUGCCCUAAUGGUACGGAGCCUGGCGUUGUCCAGUGGGACAUGGGCAAGACAGAGGCCGCAUUGACAAGAUUUAAAGCUGAUCACAUCACAACACGAAAAAACAUGCUCAAGUAUUUAAAGAAGCUGGAAAAAGAUCCCGAUGUACCUGAAAGCUACAAAAAAUCGGACUCUCUCCAAGACCUCCUGUUUCAUCCAAGCUACGGCCAUGUAGAAGCAGAUGAGUCUUGUCUGAGUGAUGAAGAUGAGGACGAUUGUCGCCGGUGCGAUAAGAGCAAGUUGGUUCGGAGAAGCAAAAGAGAGAGCGGCUUGAUACACUGCGGCUUGAUUGCAUCAGGCAACCAAGUUAUCAAAGACGCUAAUCUCCGAGACUCGCUGUCCAAGCAAUUUAAGAACGAAAUCCUUUGUAUCGAGAUGGAAGCAGCAGGACUGAUGAAUGACUUCCCUUGCGUUGUUAUUCGAGGGAUUGCUGAUUAUUCAGACUCGCAUAAGAACGAGAAAUGGCAAGACUACGCCGCUGCAACGGCUGCAGCAUGUGCAAAGGCAUUACUCAUGGUGGUGGCUACGAGCGAGGUGGAUAAGCUUCAGCGAGUACAACUCACAAUCUCGCCUACACUUAUACAAAGUGCGAUGCACUAUUGGCCGUUUUGGAAAAAUGAGAAGAAGGAUACCGCCGAUCCAAGAGUAGUGACAGCUUUUGAAGAUUCCAAUCUUGAAACUGAUCCUCGGCGCCCGCCGCUUGAAAUGGCCCAACUAGAUGACACAAGCCGUAAUGCGAAGUCGGGGGAAACAACUCCCGAAGAAGAGAAACCCCCAAAAAUGGUUGCCAUUGAAGCGCCAAAACGAGCAAGCUCUUAUGAUACUUCUCCGACGCAUCAAACGCUUGAAUCGUGGUUACAAGGAGCCCCGCCGUUUCUAGCAGCGAAGUUUCGACAGGGGAGUAUCGAUGAUGCAAUGAGAGACAUCCGCAUGGGCCUCGGCCAAUCGCCGGUUCCCCGAGAAGAUGAAAAUCGAACUGAGAUGUUAUCACCUGAGCGAACAUAUAGUAUGCCCUCCCAAGCCUCCAUGCCGUUUCCAGAAGAGUCCAAGGGCAUUACGUCCGAAAGGAAUGACAAACCCGGUAACAUAAGACGCCAUUCAAACCCUGUUCCAUCUGCCAAAACUCCCUCGGAUUGCUCGCCAGAGCUUAGAGUCCGUGGGCAUGAGCAGAGCCAAACGAACAAUGAUGACAAUGCUCGAUCAAAGCCCCAAAGCCCAUCGAGAUCGAUUAAAUAUCGUUUUGGAACUCCAUCGCCUGUCCGGAGAGAGCAAGAAAGACUUGUUUCCGAGCAGAAUCACGGGCAAUUUAACAAUGCGCCAGCCUCUUCAGGCUUGUACAUAUCAACGAAACGCCCAAACAGCGGAUACGACGCCAAUGGAAGGGCUAUAGAGUACCCGUUGUCGCCUCCUCAAUCACCGCAGUCUACAAACCUAAGUAGCUACAUGAGAAGAGACAGCGGGUCGCUAAAUGAUGACGAGGAAAUCCCAUCAGGAUAUGAUUCAUUUAGUGAAAACAAUGACAUCCUUCGGGAAAAUCUCCCUUUCGUCGAAGAGCCAGACCAGAUCAACUCUAACGAAGGACAAGGCGGCGCUCCUCUCAGCCAAAGCCUUCAGCGUUCUUCUAUUGCUGCUGAGAAAACACCAGCACAUGGUUCACGUACCGGGAGUAACGAUAUAGCCCCAAGAUACAGGAGCACAUACUCUCGCCAUCCAGGGGCAAGCGUAGCCAGCCCCGGCGAAUUACGGCGCAGUGCCACUCCUAUUCCAAGUCCACCGCCUCCUUAUUUGGACAGGAAGAACUCAACAUCACGUCAACCCAUUAGAAAUAGCCAUCGUGGCCCAGGAUACAGCCGACCUCCAGGACCAAAUACGCCCAACCCCAGUGACAGACAACGCAGCGCCACUCCUACUCCCUCUCAAAGCAGACGGCCUCCUCUCAUGACUAUGGACAACAACAGCGUACCAGCAUUGGGGACUAAGACUUCCCAGACUCGCUCCCAGAUCAAAUCGAAGACGCCAAAUAAAGUUCAGUCAAAUGCCACUCCUUCCAGAUUACCACGACUGCGUCCAGCGGCAUGA